GCUGGGGGCGGGGGCUUCGUGGAGGCGCCGCGGGGCCUGCGGACGCGCGUCCUGCGGCCUGGUCAGGGCCAUGUCAGUGUGAGGACGCUGUCGUCACCCAGUCGUCCGGCCAGACCGGCCGCCGCGCACCAUGGGGUCCAUCCUGAGUCGUCGCAUAGCGGGCGUGGAGGACAUCGACAUCCAGGCCAAUUCGGCCUAUCGCUACCCCCCGAAGUCCGGAAACUACUUUGCUUCACACUUUUUCAUGGGAGGCGAGAAAUUUGACACCCCUCAUCCUGAAGGUUAUCUCUUUGGAGAGAACAUGGAUCUGAACUUCUUGGGCAGUCGCCCAGUCCAGUUUCCCUAUGUCACCCCUGCCCCCCAUGAGCCAGUGAAGACUCUAAGAAGCCUGGUGAACAUCCGCAAAGAUUCCCUCCGGCUUGUGAGAUACAAAGAUGACACUGACAGCCCCACUGAGGAUGGUGAGAAGCCCCGGGUGCUCUACAGUCUGGAAUUCACCUUUGAUGCUGAUGCUCGCGUGGCCAUCACCAUCUACUGUCAGGCAGUGGAGGAGUUCCUGAACGGCAUGGCAAUGUACAGCCCUAAGAGUACUUCUCUGCAGUCUGAGACCAUCCACUACAAGAGGGGUGUGAGCCAGCAAUUCUCCUUGCCUUCCUUCAAGAUUGACUUCUCCGAAUGGAAGGAUGACGAGCUGAACUUUGACCUGGACCGGGGCAUGUUUCCAGUGGUCAUCCAGGCUGUGGUGGAUGAAGGAGAUGUUCUGGAAGUAACUGGUCAUGCUCAUGUGCUCUUGGCUGCCUUUGAAAAGCACGUGGAUGGCAGCUUCUCUGUGAAGCCCUUAAAACAGAAACAGAUCGUGGACCGGGUCAGUUACCUGCUUCAGGAGAUCUAUGGCAUUGAGAACAAGAACAACCAGGAGACCAAGCCUUCUGAUGACGAGAACAGUGACAACAGUAGUGAGUGUGUGGUGUGCUUGUCUGACCUUCGGGACACACUGAUCCUGCCCUGCCGCCACCUGUGCCUCUGCACCUCCUGUGCUGACACCUUGCGGUACCAGGCCAACAACUGCCCCAUCUGUCGGCUUCCAUUCCGGGCCCUCCUGCAGAUCCGGGCAGUACGGAAGAAGCCAGGGGCCCUGUCUCCUAUCUCCUUCAGCCCUGUUCUGGCCCAGAGUGUGGACCACGACGAGCACUCUUGUCCCUUUAAAAAAUCAAAGUCGCACCCCGCCUCCCUGGCCAGCAAGAAACCUAAAAGGGAAACAAGCUCUGACAGUGUCCCACCUGGCUAUGAGCCCAUCUCCCUGCUUGAGGCACUCAAUGGUCUACGGGCCGUGUCCCCAGCCAUCCCUUCGGCCCCCCUGUAUGAGGAAAUCACCUACUCGGGCGUCUCAGAUGGCCUGUCCCAGGCCAGCUGUCCUCUCGUUGGACUCGAUCGAAUAAUGGAAAGUGGCCACCAGAAGAGCAAACCACAAAGCAAGUCUCCAGACAGCACCCUGCGGUCCCCAUCAUCCCCCAUCCAUGAGGAGGAUGAGGAGAAGCUUUCAGAGGACUCAGAAGUUCCUCUCCCACCAAGUGGUGUGGAGCUGGCGCUGCGGAAAAGCAGCUCCCCAGAGAGUUUCGGAACAGAGGAGGUCGAUGAGCCAUCUCUAAAGCAAGGGAGCCGAAUGCCCUCCAUUGAGGAUGUCCUGCAGGAUGGUAGCCCCCAACAUCAUGGCUGCAGCCAGCCAGGUCCUCCUGCUGACAUCUACCUACCAGCCACAGUUCCUGAAGAAAAAGGCAGAGCCAGGGCUGUCACAGGUGCUGCUGGGAAUGGCCUCUGCCCUGGAACGCCACUUUGCAGAGCCAAAGAGGAUGGUCCACCUCCAUGGAGACACCCCACAGCCUCAGCACCACCAGUCCCCCCUGGCCUCCACUUGGUGGCUCCAGUCCUGAACCUGGAGCCACUGAGCUGACUCCGCUCUGAGAACCUGGUUCAACUGGCAGCACUGAGGCCUCAGCACCCCAGACUUUGCCAGGGGGCUUCCCUGGACCCCAGUAUGACCCGGCCUCUCCUGUCUGCAUGUCUAGUGUGACCACCAGGCUCUUGAGGGGCCAUAGUGACCCUUGAUGAACAAGCACAGUGGACUGUCCCCUCUACAAACCUCUUUUUCUAUGGUCAAUAUAUUUGUAAAUGGUACAAGAUGAAGGACAGCAGCUUUCUCCCUGGGCCCUGGACCCUGGGCCCUGGACAGACUCCAGUUGCCAAAGUUGAUGCUCUGAGAACUUAGCAAACCACCAAAAGAGAAUCUACCCAUGAGUGAAGUGUCUUCAUAGAUGUUCUGGAAGGUGGGCAACCGAGAUUACGGUAAAUGAAGGAAACAGUGCCUGUCUGCCUGUCCUAUGUGUGUGUCCCCUGAGGCACUAGCUGUCACUGCUGCUUUCACUCAGUGUGUGUUGUAGCUAUGGAUGGCCCUCCCUGAGGCCUUUAGGCAUCACCUGCUCAGCUCUCUGCUGGUGACUUCUGGCACCUGGUCACCUGCCCCAGCAUAUAGCCCUUCCUCCAGCAGCUGUGGGCAGCUGCCUGACCUCAGCCACCAAGCCACUUGCAGUGGUUGGGGUCCAUUACCCCCUCACAGGUCCUGCUUCACUCACCUCACAGCCUCUAAGGUGGGUAUUUGUGCUCAGUGAGCAGCACUGCCCAUCCAUGUGCCAGGGAAGGGCAUGAGCAGCUUCCAUAAUGUGCCCAUCACCAUUUACUUACCCUCUUGGAUUUCUCUUUACUAUCUGAGAUUCCCAUGGUGGGGCCUGCCUAGGGAAGAGUGAACCCCAAGGUGAUGCUUUGUUUCUAAGGCAACCUUGAAAUGGAAAGGUAAAGGGGGCGCCCAGCAUGGGUGACCCCAGGGCAGAGCUGCCCUAGGCAGUACAGCACCCCUGUGGAAGGACUGGCUGUGGACAGCCUGUAAUGUAUGGAGCCCACCUUCAGGCUGAGUUAGUUACUGAGGCUAACUUGGUCUCUGGUAAGCCUGCGAGCAGAAACCUGGUCUGUGUAUCAGUCUGCCUUCUCCCUGCUGUAUGCACAGGUGAGCAUGUGCAUGCCUACCCCCUCCUACUUGCCAACACCCUCGUCUCUGGCCGUGGUACUGGUACCAGUACUUUGAAGGAUGAGAUGCAGACUGGCUUGUCUCAGAUUUACACGGGCUCAUUUUAUGUAUUCUGGCUAGUUUUUGGUUGGUUUUUACUGUAUAUUUAUAGUAAUAAAAUAAUGCAGCAAUA